UGUGAUACCUUUAAAACACACAAACAAACAUGGGUCUACCAGAAGUUUUACCAAGUCCAAAGACUGAAAGCCCUUUAGAAUUACAAACACCAAAAGCCCGAGAGGCCGCUAAUGAAACCGAAGAUGUAGAAGCCACAACAAAGAAAAGCCAUAGAACCAGCAAUAUGGAAACUGCUAUACACUUAUUUAAGGGCAGCGUGGGUGCUGGUCUGUUUGCCAUGGGUGAUUGUUUUAGAAAUGGUGGCUUGGCUGGCGCCGCUAUAUUUUUACCCAUAAUAGCUGUGAUAUGUGUUCAUUGUGAACAAAUGUUAAUUGCUGGCUCCAUAUUGGCAGUGGAACGUACUAAGGGCGCCACAUUUUAUGAUUAUCCCGAUACGGUAGAGAAGUGUUUUGAAUAUGGUCCCAGGCCGUUCAGACGUUUGGGCAAAAUUAUGAGAGUUAUGGUGGAAACGUUUUUGUGUGUGACACAAUUUGGUUUCUGUUCAAUUUAUUUUGUGUUUGUAACCGAAAAUUUGCAUCAGAUUUUAGAAUCAUAUGGCUAUAGUAUAAGUUUCAAUCUUACCAUGCUAUUAUGUUUACUACCCGCUAUGCUGCCUUCUCUACUGACCAAUCUUAAAUAUAUUUCACCCGUGUCGGCCAUAGCCAGUUUUUCUCUAAUCUUUGGUAUGGUAGCCACGCUCAGUAUAGCACUAUCCAGUGGACCAAUGCCCUCACCAGCCGAGAGACAUUUAUUUACUAAUGGCCCCCAAAUGUCUUUGUUCUUUGGCACUGCUCUAUUUUCCUUUGAAGGUGUUGCCUUGAUUUUACCCCUACGCAAUGCCAUGAAGCAUCCGGAAAAAUUCAACAGUCGCUAUGGCGUUUUGAAUAUUACAAUGGUGGGCAUUACCACGAUUUUCAUUAUAACCGGUUUUAUCAGUUAUCUUAAAUGGGGCGAAGAUGUUCAGGGCAGUAUUACCUUGAAUUUGGAUCCAAAUAAUACAUUAUCCCAAGUUGUUAAAAUCGCCGCCGCUCUGGGUGUAUUCUUUGGCUAUCCCAUUCAAUUCUUUAUAAUGAUUAGAAUCAUCUGGCCACCCAUGAAACAAAGUUCAACCAGUGCACAAAAAUAUCCCAUUACGAUUCAAGUCAUUUUAAGAUUCAUCAUGGUUUUACUAACCUUUGGUGUUGCUUUAUUGGUGCCCAAAUUGCAUUUGUUCAUAUCACUAAUUGGUGCUUUCUGCUCCACUGCUUUGGCCUUUGUUUUCCCAGUUUUUGUAGAUUUUGCCAUUAGAGCUCAAAGACCCAAGGGUUUGAAUACCUGGGUGUUUUUGAAAAAUAUGUUAAUCUUGGCCAUAGCAGUUUUGGGCAUUAUCACUGGAACCUAUGAAAGUAUUAAUGAAAUCGUAAAGGAAUUUAAGGAAUAAGUUAGCUUUUAAUAUAAAAAAAAUAAGUAUUACUUCUCUCUAUUUGUAUAUAAAUUGUUAAUGAUAUUUUACUACUACUACUACUAUUUUGUUAAAAAAAAUUUAUAUUGUAUAUUAUUUUUUGUUAUUUAAGUUUGAUUAUGUGUAGUGUAUUUACUUGUCGUUUUUAAAAAAAAUUAAUUUAAACUGGUUUAAUAAGUAUUAUAUGUAAAGAUAAAAAUAAAUCUCAAUACCUAAGUUUAUAAAUACAUUUAAAAGUUAUUAAGACUUUAUUGAAACAAAUUACAA